CCUGCCUUGCCUAUAUACACACCUUCUUCACUGCAAAACACCACCUCAAAUCAAACACCACACCUUAUAACUUAGUCUUAAGAGAGAGAGAGAGAGAGAGGAGACAUUUCUCUUCUCUGAGAUAAGCACUUCUCUUCCAGACAUCGAAGCCUCAGGAAAGUGCUUAAAAAGAGCUUAAGAAUGGGAGGUGGUGGUCGCAUGUCUACUGUCAUAACCAGCAACAACAGUGAGAAGAAAGGAGGAAGCAGCCACCUUAAGCGAGCGCCGCACACGAAGCCUCCUUUCACACUUGGUGACCUCAAGAGAGCCAUCCCACCCCAUUGCUUUGAACGCUCUUUUGUGCGCUCAUUCUCCUAUGUUGCCUAUGAUGUCUGCUUAAGUUUUCUUUUCUACUCGAUCGCCACCAACUUCUUCCCUUACAUCUCUUCUCCGCUCUCGUAUGUCGCUUGGCUGGUUUACUGGCUCUUCCAAGGCUGCAUUCUCACUGGUCUUUGGGUCAUCGGCCAUGAAUGUGGCCAUCAUGCUUUUAGUGAGUAUCAGCUGGCUGAUGACAUUGUUGGCCUAAUUGUCCAUUCUGCACUUCUGGUUCCAUAUUUUUCAUGGAAAUAUAGCCAUCGCCGCCACCAUUCUAACAUAGGAUCUCUCGAGCGAGACGAAGUGUUCGUCCCGAAAUCAAAGUCGAAAAUUUCAUGGUAUUCUAAGUACUUAAACAACCCGCCAGGUCGAGUUUUGACACUUGCUGCCACGCUCCUCCUUGGCUGGCCUUUAUACUUAGCUUUCAAUGUCUCUGGUAGACCUUACGAUCGCUUUGCUUGCCAUUAUGAUCCCUAUGGCCCAAUAUUUUCCGAAAGAGAAAGGCUUCAGAUUUACAUUGCUGACCUCGGAAUCUUUGCCACAACGUUUGUGCUUUAUCAGGCUACAAUGGCAAAAGGGUUGGCUUGGGUAAUGCGUAUCUAUGGGGUGCCAUUGCUUAUUGUUAACUGUUUCCUUGUUAUGAUCACAUACUUGCAGCACACUCACCCAGCUAUUCCACGCUAUGGCUCAUCGGAAUGGGAUUGGCUCCGGGGAGCAAUGGUGACUGUCGAUAGAGAUUAUGGGGUGUUGAAUAAAGUAUUCCAUAACAUUGCAGACACUCAUGUAGCUCAUCAUCUCUUUGCUACAGUGCCACAUUACCAUGCAAUGGAGGCCACUAAAGCAAUCAAGCCUAUAAUGGGUGAGUAUUACCGGUAUGAUGGUACCCCAUUUUACAAGGCAUUGUGGAGGGAGGCAAAGGAGUGCUUGUUCGUCGAGCCAGAUGAAGGAGCUCCUACACAAGGCGUUUUCUGGUACCGGAACAAGUAUUAAAAAAGUGUCAUGUAGCCUGUUUCUUUAAGAGAAGUAAUUAGAACAAGAAGGAAUGUGUGUGUAGUGUAAUGUGUUCUAAUAAAGAAGGCAAAAAAAAAAGAACAAGAAACAAUUAGAUGGAUGUUUAAAAGAAGAAUAAUCGUACCAUUAGCCUUCCUUAGAGGAAGGUGUUGUUCAGGAGUCGAGUGUCCCUUUUACUUUUUUAAUAUGAAAGAAAAAUAAUAUUAGUUUUUAUUUUUAA